AUGCCUCAUAUCAUCUCUCAAACACCCAGGAUGGCCCAGCCUGGGCAUCUUUCAGGUUGGCCUGCAAACAAGAACAUCUCUUCGGGUAUCAUUCGAGUGACAUUAAAGACACCAGGCAAGCAGGAAGACUUUACAAUAGCUGCUGACACCUUGGUGAAACAGUUCAAGGAGAAGUUAUCGGCUCACUUUAAAUGCCAAAUGGACCAACUAGUGCUGGUCUUCAUGGGCCGCCUUCUGAAAGACCAUGACACACUGAGCCAGAGGGGCAUCCUGGAUGACCACACCAUCCACUUGGUCAUUAUGUCUAAACAGGGCUCCAGAUCCCUGGCCAAUUCCUCUCAGAAACUGCCAGCCAGUGAGCCCUGCCACCAGGAUAGAAACACCAAAGGAAACAGUAGGAGGGUAUACCAGCCUCCUGGUAUAAAUAACACUCCAGUGGAAUCAGCCUUCUUUGUGGAGCCUGAUGCACUCCAGGAGUUUACCCAGGACCUGGGAGUGGGUGGUCCUGAGCACAAAGCACAGAUGCCGGAAAACUCGAGCACCCGGUCACUUCUGUCUACCACUGACCUCAUAAGACAGUUCAUCUCAGAACAGCCAGAAAUGCAACAAUUGAUGCAGCAGAAUCCAGAAGUCUCACACAUCCUUGACAAUUCUGAGAUCCUAUGGCAGACACUGGAGCUGGCCAGGAACCUUGCUUUGAUUCAAGAGAUCAUGCAGAUCCAGCAACCUGCACAGACUUUUGAGCAUCCACUGAACUCACCAUCACAACUGGAUCUAGAGACAAUCCCAGGUGGGGACAAUGCCUUGGGUCAAAGCUAUGCUGAUUCCAAAGAUCAAAUACUCAACAGCUCACAAGAUCCCUUUGGGGGCAACCCUUUCACAGCUCUCCUGGGAGGACAAGUGCAAGAACAAGUCCAUUCCUCACUGCUAUCUCCACCAUCAUCCCAGGAAAGGCAAGACCAGCUCCCUGUAACCCAAGUAAUCUAUACCAGUUCUUGUGGUUUAUCUUCAAUCACCUCAGCCAAUGCUACUUCCAACAAGGUGAACCAUACUUCUAGGGCUAAUACUACUGCUAAUUCCACCAAGGGCCAGAAUCAUACCCAUGACAUUCAGCAGCCAGCUGGGGUACCAACUUUACCAAGCAGAGAGCUCACACAGAAGCCCCAGUCAGAAGACAAAGAUGCCACCGUCUCUCUAGAUAGCUCUAACAAGAGGCUAGAGGAUAACCUCCAACUAUCAGAAGAGCAGACCAGUUUCUCCAAGAUCACAGGAAGUAUGAUGCAAUUACUUUUGAACAACUCCUACCUGGCAGUCCAGAUGCUGCUGCUCAUGAGUGUGUCCCAGCAGAAUGAACAGUGGAGGCAGCAGCUUCUCACUUCCCUGCAGCAGACACAGCUUUCUGACAUUCUUAUAGCCCUAGCCAACCCUAAGGCAUCUCAAGCAAUAUUGCAGAUUGAGCAUGGUCUACAGCUGCUGGCCACUGAGGCUCCUGUUCUUCUGCCCUGGAUUGCACCUUACCUCUGGGGCUUGGGCUGCCUUCCUGCCCCCAGCUGCAGCUACCUUGACACAGUGACCAGGGCCUGGGAUGUGCCAAAUAUGGCUGAGCCUUAA